UCACUUACCGUUUAGAAGCGGGGUUGCGUCCAUCUUCUUCCGAGCUAAAGACGUUAUGGUCAGAACCAAGCCUCCGAAUUGUCCCUCGGUGUCACUCUUCAGACGGCUCGCUGCUUGUUAUGUACCCGAGUAGAGCCGCUGGUCUCCGGCCUCCAUGUCAACACCCACCGACACCAGUAUCUCUCUCUUACGGCUCCGAUCUUUGGACGAGGCGCAGCGGAGAAUAAUUAGUUAUCGCUGCGAUUUUAACUCCAAGUGGUUUUCAGUGAGAGACUCGGUAUUAGAUGUGGAAACCGUCUGGAUGUUGACGGCUGCUAACUAGCAUGCUAGCCUCCAUGCUAACAACAAACCUGGAUUUUGGCGGCUCUCUCGAGUGUCGUCUUCAGCUGUUGAGCGAACAGCGACUAGUGAACCGUCACACGUGACAUACGGCAGGUCGGCUCGCGAUGGAACCGUCAGUUUGACAGUCCAGCGUGCGAACUGGACCCCCCCGCCCCUCGUCAGCCUCCGGAGAGCGCAGCUGACCGCGGGCUGGACCCCGACUUCAUCCGAGGACCCCGGGACUCCCCGGACUCUGACUUGGUUCGGUAUAUCCGGCUGGUUCCGUGGAAAACCCGCGAGCGUACGAGAAAGUCAUCACACAGGUGGUUCCGGACGAACGCCUCCUCACUUUUUACCUGCGUCAAGUUGGUCACAUCGAGAUAUAAAGCGCUUCCGUUAAGCCUUUCAAAAUAAGCCCGCGUCGCUCCUUUUCGUGCGUAUAGUGACGUGGUAAUAAAAUACAAUGAUCUCUUUUGUAGAAACACUUUAUUGUAAAACACAAACAUGUUGGUCUAGAGCUCUGUGGUGAACUCAGUCCCAGUUUACUUCCUGCAAGUUAUUCCUGCCUUCGGCCAGUAGGGGGAGCAGUCAGCCAGCUCCUGUGGCAUCUGCAGUCAUUAGAACUGGUGUCUAUCAAACGUCCUUCGGGAUCAUGAGCCUGGUCCAGCUCUUUUAAGGUGAAUCCUGGAUGUCCAACAGCUAGGUGACCCUGGAUGAGCUGUUUGGGGGAUCAGAGAGCGACUGCAGCUCUCUCAAGCCCUGGAGACAAAAGCCAAUCAACAACAACACACUGGCCGUCCCUGAACCCGCAGGUCGAACCACCUACCUCCAGCACCAUGCGGAUGUUGGCCUUGAUCUUGGCUGAGUCUUUGGUCAGCUGAUCUGAUAAACUGGAGCAAACACAACGUUAGUUUGGUGCAUCACUCCUCAUCGAGGAGAGUGAACUGACGCUGUCAGCUGAGCUGUCUUCCUGUCGAUGAAACGAAGGGCUUCGUCGUGAGUCAUCUCCACGAAGAAGCCGAAGCCCACCAGGACCAUGAUCCUGGAGCAGUCCUCCCUGAAGACACAGCAAGAGAAGAGGUGUCAGGCCAAGCACUAAACCAGGCAGGAACAGUGUCAUGAAUCACAUCCAUCUUACACUUCAGCCUGCACAAAAAAGCUGCAUCCCAAAUCCACUUCAGUCUUCAACUUCUUGGAGCCCGCCUCCUGCACAGUGACGUGGAAGUGUCAGCCAGCGUGUCUGCAGCCCGUGAGCCUGCCGGUCAAUGGUCCUACCUGCAGGCUGUGUAAGGUGUUCUUCAGUUGCAGGUACUGCGAGAUCUUCUCAUAGAUUUCAUCUCUCUGCUCCAAGACCUUCCUACAACAAAACACACGCACCAGAAAUGGAAGCCAAGCCUAACUGUCACUAACUUUGGUGAACAACUGUCUCUUACUGUAAGUCUCGUUUCAGAACUUGGUCGACAAACGCCUCGUACCGCAGGACCUUAGCGUCAAUGUCACUGUUAGCAUUAGCGCCAGACGGCGGGGCCAUCGUGAUGCGCGCUUCCUGCCUGAACUCCCCUCUCUCCAGAAAAAUCUCCACUCAGUUUAACCCCCAGUACUGAUCAGUCCGCUGUCUCCUCGAGGAGUAAACCGUGUACCUACCGAGCAGCGCCAUGAAACUGACCCGGAAAUACGUCAUCGACAUUGUAAAAAUAAAUGCAUGGUGAAGAAGUUGAGAGCAUCCAAUCCCCGACAUUCGGGCCACCAAAGAGGAUGGAGCACUACACCAUUCUGGGUCGAGUCGGAGAAGGAGCCCAUGGUAUCGUGUUCAAGGCCAAGCACGUUGAGACCGGACAGAUGGUAGCGCUGAAGAAGGUGGCGCUUCGUCGGCUGGAGGAUGGAAUCCCCAACCAGGCUCUGCGCGAGAUCAAGGCUCUGCAGGAGAUUGAGGACAAUCAACAUGUGGUCAAGCUGAAGGACGUCUUCCCGCACGGAACCGGCUUCGUCCUGGUGUUUGACUUCAUGCUGUCGGACCUGUCGGAGGUGAUCAGGAACUCUGAGCGUCCUUUGACCCCGGCCCAGGUCAAAGGUUACAUGGUGAUGCUGCUGAAGGGUGUGGCUUUCUUGCAUCACAACAACAUCAUGCACAGAGAUCUCAAGCCUGCAAACCUCCUCAUCAGCUCCUCUGGUCAUCUGAAGAUUGCAGACUUUGGUUUGGCCAGGCUCUUCAGCGAGCAGACCAAGCGGUUGUACAGCCACCAGGUGGCCACCAGGUGGUACCGAGCUCCAGAAUUGCUGUACGGAGCCAGAAAGUACGACGAGGGUGUUGACCUUUGGGCCGUGGGCUGUAUAUUCGGGGAGCUCCUGAACUCGUCUCCUUUGUUUCCUGGUGAAAAUGACAUCGAACAACUUUGCUGCGUCCUCAGAGUUUUGGGAACCCCCACUCAAGAGACCUGGCCGGAGAUGGUGGAUUUACCAGACUACAACAAGAUCACGUUCAAAGAGAAUCCAGCCAUCCCACUGGAGGAAAUAGUUCCUGACUCCUCCCCCCAGGCCCUGGACCUGCUCUCCCAGUUCCUGGUCUAUCCAUCCAAACAGCGUUGCCCCGCCCACCAGGCUCUGCUCCACUCCUACUUCUUCUGUGCUCCUCUGCCUGCCCACCACUCGGAGCUGCCCAUUCCUCAGCGAGGGGACCGGCCCCUACGUCAGCGGCUGCAGGCCCCUCCCACCGACUUUUCAGUCGACCUGCCCCUGCAGAACAGUGUGGUGGACCCAGCUCUGCUGCAGAGACACGCCCGCUGACUUCCUCACCGUAGAACAAAACCCAAUUCAGCGUCAGUUCGAGAGAGAGAGAGGGGUCGUUCACCUGGCAUCAUUCGGCUCAGUGUGAAAGGUCUCAGUCCGCAUGAGCACGCAGACUCAGGCUGAGCCUGGUGUCGAGUGGAGAGUCAGCUUCAGCAGCCAGUGGAAGCCAUUCCUACUGGGUUUGGUGGGGCUUCAUUGCUGCUGAGCAAUGAUGAGGCAAAAGAUGUUGUGAAGACGUCACAGUGGAGCACUUUCACAGUGACAUCCUUUCGAGUGAGUACAGAAUUUGCCAUUUCUCAUCCAGUGUGUCAGAUGGAAAUGCUAAUGUUCCAAGAGAGUGGGAUCAUGAGAAGCAUUGUGAGGAAGCCCACUGCUUAUGAAGUGCAAGGAUGGAUGAAAGCAUCUGAACUAUUGCAGGAGAACUCUGACAUGACGAUGGUAAGCAUCACAUUUGUCCCACCCACCGUUACACGGCAGCCAAGCUCUUCCUCUUUGCUGAGUGAGGAUGACGUCCUGGGACUCACCCCCAUGGUUCACUUCCUGAGAUGCGAUGACAAAUCCGAAUCCUUCUCCUGGACGCCUCCUCAGCUCCACAUCCACCGUCCUAACACCUCGUCCAUCCUUGCUCGUGGCUCCGCCCAAACUGUUGCUCCUCCCCGGCGGCCCCCCGGCACUCUCCUCCACCCCCAGCAGGUCGCGGGGCUCCAGAGUCAGUGUCACCGGGACAGAGUCUAGGAAGCUGGUGCUCUGGAUGAGUGUGGAGCCUGGGGAACCGUUGGUCUGGUUUCCUGUGGCUGCUGAGAGAUGGCCCCCCUGGGCGCUCUCCAGUGCCACGCCCGCCUUGCUGAGGGGCGGUACUGUACCUGUGGACGGGCUGGGGAGAGCGUGCGGGGACGGGAGGGGCUUGU